AUGGCGCCGUCGCUGCGCUCCGAGGCGCCUGGCACCGGGCUCCGGGAUUCGCUUCUGCGCCGCCGCGGGCCGCUUCCGGUCCCCCGCUGUUUCCGGGACGCUCCGCGGCUGGCGGGGAGCGGCCCCGCCGAGCGAUGCUCGCACCCAGCCAUGGCAGGCCCACCGCGGGGCAAGCAUGUGUUCAAAGUCAUCCUGACGGUCCUGGUGGCCCUCAUCCUCCUCCACUCGGCAUCAUCCCAGUCCCACGCAGACUUCGUGCCACCAGGCCAGCAGAAGAGGGAGGCCCCGGUUGACCUCUUGAGCCAGAUAGGUCGAUCUGUGCGGGGAACGCUGGAGGCCUGGCUCGGGCCAGAGACCAUUCACCUGGUUUCAGAGGGAGAACUGUACCCUACAGAUGCCUCGAUAUCAGAGGCAAUGGACUGUGAACAGGACCCCUUGGAUCCUGUCUACCUGCCUGCGGCCCUAGAGCUCCUUGAUGCCCCUGAGCACUUCCGGGUGCAGCAGGUGGGCCGCUAUCCACCUGCCAACUCCUCUCUGGGCUCCAGAUCUGAGACCUUCCUGCUCCUGCAGCCAUGGCCCAGGGCCCAGCCACUUCUCCGGGCCUCCUACCCGCCCUUUGCGACGCAGCAGGUGGUCCCUCCACGGGUCACUGAGCCCCACCAACGGCCAGUGCCGUGGGAUGUGCGGGCUGUGUCAGUGGAAGCAGCUGUGACCCCAGCAGAGCCCCACGCCCGCGUCCUCUUCCACCUCAAAGGGCAGGAUUGGCCACCGGGGCCUGGCAGCCUGCCCUGUGCCCGGCUCCACGCCAUUCACUCUGCAGGCACUGCUCACCGAGCCUGCCACUUCCAGCCAUCCCUAGGCGCCUGCGUGGUGGAGCUGGAGUUUCCCUCCCACUGGUUCUCCCAGGGCUCCAGCACGCGGGCCGAGCUGGCCUACACGCUGGAGCCCGCAGCUGAGGGCUCUGGGGGCUGUGGCCCCGGCGGGGAGGAGGACGCCAGGGAGCAGGCUCUUCCGGUGGGCAGCGUGGAGCUGCGCCCCGCGGACCCCCCGCGGUACCAGGAGGUGCCCCUGGAUGAGGCGGUGACUCUGCGGGUGCCCGACGUGCCCGUGCGGCCCGGCCAGCUCUUCAGUGCCACCCUCCUGCUCCGGCACAACUUCACAGCCAGUGUCCUGACCCUGCGGAUCAAGGUGAAGAAGGGGCUGCACGUGACGGCUGCCCGCCCCGCCCAGCCCAGCCUGUGGACUGCCAAGCUGGACCGCUUCAAGGCCUCCAAGCACCACACGACUCUCAUCACCUGCCACCGUGCCGGGCCCACGGGGCCAGACUCCAGGGUGCCGGAGCCCGAUGCUCCAGCGGUUGCAGAGGAGGCGGAGCGGCGCGCCCGAGGCUGCCGCCUGCAGUACCAGCGCGCAGGCGUGCGCUUCCUUGUCCCCUUUGCGGCCCAUCCGCUGGACGGCGGCCGCCGCCUCACCCACCUGCUCGGCCCCGAUUGGCUGCUGGACGUGUCCCACCUCGUGGCGCCGCACGCGCGCGUGCAGGACCCGCGUGUAGCCUCACUGGAGGGCGGACGCGUCCUGGUAGGCCGGGAGCCCGGUGUCACCUCCAUCGAGGUGCGUUCCCCACUGUCUGACUCCAUCCUGGGGGAGCAGGCAUUGGCCGUGACGGAUGACAAGGUCUCGGUGCUGGAGCUGCGGGUGCAGCCGGUGAUGGGCAUCUCACUGGCCCUGAGCCGAGGCACUGCCCACCCCGGGGAGGUCACAGCCACGUGCUGGGCACAGUCAGCCUUUCCCGCCCCAAAGCAGGAGGUGGCCCUCUCCCUUUGGCUGUCCUUCUCUGACCGCACCCUGGCCCCCGCUGAGCUCUACGACCACCGUGACCUGGGACUGUCUGUCUCAGCUGAGGAGCCCGGUGCCAUCCUGCCAGCCGAGGAGCGGGGCGCCCUGCUCGGGGUGGUGGUGAGUGGGGCGGGUGCCGAGGGGCUGCCCCUGCAUGUGGCUCUGCACCCGCCGGAGCCCUGCCGCCGGGGCCGCCACCGUGUGCCGCUGGCCUCCGGCACCGCCUGGCUGGGGCUGCCCCCUGCUCCCACCCUGGCCCCCGCCCUCCCAUCCAGCCCUGCCCGGAGCUCUCCAGCCACAGAGGCCAGCACGGGCCGUAAACGAUGGGAGGCGGGCGGUGUUGGGGACAGGGGGGGCAUGAGGGGCAAGUUUGAGCCGGCAGAGGAGGAGGCUGGAGGGGAGGAGGAGGAGGAGGAAGCGGAGGAGAUGGUUCCCGCCCCUCAGCGGGUCACCGACCUAGAGCUGGGCAUGUACGCUCUGCUGGGCAUCUUCUGUCUGGCCAUCCUCAUCUUCCUGGUCAAUGGUGUGGUCUUCGUGCUGCGCUACCAGCGCAAGGAGCCCCCCGACGGCGCCACCGACCCCGCCUCCCCCCAGCCCCACAACUGGGUCUGGCUGGGCACUGACCAGGAGGAACUGAGCCGCCAGCUGGACCGGCAGUCCCCCGGCCUGCCCAAGGGGGAGGGGGGCUGCCCCUGCGAGAGUGGGGGAGGAGGGGAGGCCCUGACCCUGGCCCAGGCCCCCGCCGGGGCCACCGCCGGCUCCUCGAGCACCCUGGCCCGGAAGGAAGCCGGGGGGCGGCGGAAGCGCGUGGAGUUUGUGACGUUUGCACCAGCCCCCCCAGCCCAGCCGCCUGAGGAGCCUGUGGGGGCCCCUGCCGUGCAGUCCAUCCUGGUGGCCGGCGAGGAGGACAUCCGCUGGGUAUGUGAGGACAUGGGACUGAAGGACCCCGAGGAGCUGCGCAGCUACAUGGAGAGGAUCCGGGGCAGCUCCUGA